CUUCCGCUUCCGACCUGCGUCACUCUUACUUCCGUCAAUCUCCCAGGUUUGGCGAUGGAGUAUUUAUGGAAGUCGCUGACAUAUCAUUUGUAUAUGAAUAGAGUGUCAACUUAAGAGUGAUUCAGAUCUAGGGUCAUCCACCAUCAUACAGGUUGCCCUAACAUGCCCGGUCGCAUUAGAGGAGGACACACGUACAACUACAGCAUGACGAAAAAACAAAAACAAACCACGGAACACGAUGUUAUCACAGCCAAAAAGAGGGAAGAGAGGGCUGUGCGAGAAGCGUAUAAGAAGGAGAGAAAAAUAGAAUCAUAUCUUGCUGAUGAUGAAAAUUUUCCAAGUUUUGCCACAGAGUUGGCUAAAAUGGGAUUACAACUUCGCGACAUUCCCGGUGAUGGAAACUGUUUGUUUCGUGCACUUGGGGAUCAGUUGGAGGGACAUUGUCGCAACCACUUCCGUCAUCGUCAGGAUGUCGUCCGCUACAUGGCUGAACACCGAGACGACUUUGAACCCUUCAUGGAGGAUGACAUUCCAUUUGAUACUCACAUACAAAACCUCAAGAAACUUGGAGUCUAUGCCGGAAAUGAUGCAAUUGUGUCCUUUGCCAGACUGCAUCAAGUGAACAUCGUGAUCCACCAGCUGGAUGCCAAGCACCUCAUGAUCACUGGCUCUGCCAACAGCAAUGCCAGGCAGCUCCACAUCUCUUACCACAACGGCGACCACUACUCCAGUGUCAGGAAGCUCAACGACAAUACAGAGUCACCUGCCAACAUCAGAAUACAGGACGAGUCCGACAAGGUGAGCCCUCCCAGCUGGAUGAACGGCUACACAGAGACCCACAAGGAUGGUGAGGGAUAUGUGCGAGCCAUCCGUGGGUGUCAGGCCAUAGAAGAUGAGGUUGUAGCAGCCACAAAGUGUCAGGACCUGACCAUGAUUCGCGAGACGCUGGUAGACUGCAGCUAUGAUGCAGACGCAGCCAUAGCUCACCUUAUGCAGGUGAUGGAGCUCACAGACAAAGACCAUUCAACCUCAUCGGCAGAAGACACCGAUUCCAUGUCAUCUCAGCGCACAUCGACAGACAGUGGGAUCUGGUCGGACAGUGGCACCGGAUUGCGAGUGUUUGGCGCCACCAGCAUCUCCAACUCCACAUCCAGCAGGAAGGGUCAACGUGUCCACUUUCGGGACGACAGUCUCGGCGGCAGCUCUGGAUACGGAUCCCUCAACAGCGAUCGUGGCGGUGCUCGGCCAAAGCUGAUUGCCAUACCAACACAGCCCGUUCGGUUGUCGUCACGGAAACUGAAAGAAGCGAAAAAGUUGGAAAAGAAGAUGAGAGCGGAAGACAGACAUCGUCAGCGUGUUAUAGGAACGAGGACAUUGCAGCCGCAGAUUGUCCCGGCCGACCCCAACGCUUUCACAGUCGUGUCCCAUACAGCCUCCAUCACCAGGAUAUAGAGGUCAAGGUCAUGUUGAUAGCAAGACCGAAGCACGCACAACACGAUGGGAACUUCUACAUGCAAAUGUUACUUAUAUGGAAAAAAUAUAUAUAUUUUGUGUUGUGUAUAUUUGUAAAUGUAAACUAACCUAAUUAUAUUAGAUAAACUAACAGUACUGUAAUGGUCACAGUGGGUCAUACUUCCAGAUAUUGUUGAGUCCUCAGGCCUUUUGUUAUAAUUACUUGAACAGAUCAAAAGCUUCGAGUCGUUGGUUGAAAUAAGGAUAAGAACUGUUCAAGAGUCUACGUUUCCAAUGGCCAACUUUGAAGAUACAUUUUUCAUUACCUAAAUUAGUCAGAUUAAGUGGAAGAAACAAUGCUGUUAUUUUUUCAGUUAUUCGUGGACUGGCAUAUCUGUAAAUUUUGAAUGAAGAAAUCUAACAGUUGCUUUUUUAAUAUUUUUGUAAAAGGUAAUCAAAACCUCACCCGCUUCCAUGUGACAAGCUGAGAAAAUGUUUACCAAAACACAUUGUAUUGCCACUGAGAAAAGAAAAAAAUAUGUAACUUGAAAAAUAUUGGAAUUCUCAUCUUUGAUAUCUGGACAUCAAAUCCCAUUUAAUUCUACUACUUUCCAACCAAUCAGGUUGCAGCAUAUAUCAGUGACUUAUUCAGUUUGACAUAUUGAGGCCAUGCUCUGAUUAAUAUCCAUAUUUAACAUAUUUUCUGACAUAUGGAAUCAUCAUAUAUCCAAUAUAUUUUGAAUUGUGUAAUAUGUUAUGUACAAUGUUGCUUCAAAAGAGUAACUAGAUACGUUAGGGCAGAGACCAUAUAAUAUUAUAAUCUAUUAUAUGGUCUCUGGUUAGGGUUGGGGAUCAAGAAUAUUUUCCGGGAUGUUAUUUUGAAAUUGUGUGCUCAGUCUUCACCACACAAAGAAUAUCCACAUAAAUACUCAUAAUCCCUGACACAUCUUGUUCAGCAUAUAUUACUCUUUAUUAUAUCAUAAUAUACCAUGACCCCGAUGAAUAUAUUUAUUGUACAUAAUAUGUCCUAUGUGUGAUAUUGAUGUUGUACAGCCAUACCGUGAAAUAGACUUCAUAAUAUGCUGACUGUCUGUCUCUUCUAAAGGAUGUCAAAUGCAGAAAUUAUUACAUUUAUUGGUCCAAAAUUAGACAUUUGUUAUUUAUUUUGCUGUAUUUGGAUGGCAAAUAUCAAACUUACACAACUGAAUGUGAUGAAGCUUAUUUCAUAAUAAGCAAGAACCGGUAUGUUUUUUUAGAAUGAAGGCCAGUUUAGUUCCUAGGAACCUUAAAAUGUGUAACUAUGUCAUAUCUAUCUCCUUCACCAUCCUGCCUAUUGUGUAACAUGAAUCACUUUCCAAAUUUAUACCCAGUUCAUUUUUCACUCAAUAUUGCAAUCAAGGGGAGACAACUCACACCAUACUCUUCGUCCUCUCAAGUGUAUAUGUUUACCACUGACAUUCUGUGGCUUCUCAGUAUUGAGGAAUAUCUUAAAGCUGUUGUGUUGUAGAACUGACUGAAAAUGUUAAAUAUUCAUUGAUUGAUGUUAAGAUUCUUUUCAACUACUCUCCUCACUCAUGAGUAGACUACGAGACACAUGAACAUAUAAAUGCUGAAGGGGUUGUCAGGUGCUACAGAUAUGUUCCCCAGGUCCGUUUCUAAUUUCAGAAAUGUACUCUAGCCAAAAUUAGAAUACAGAAAGGUAUCCGGUACCCAAAACAGGGGACAAGUCCUCAACCCAAAAUCGAAACAGAUUCAUGCUGAAGACGAAUGCAUGCUGGAUAAUGCUAUGCAUCCUGGAAUAUCAGAGUAUUAUACGUACGUCACUGUGUUUGCUCGUUUGUUAUGUAGCAGACUGAAAUGCACUACAUACAACAGUUUCACAGUUCCGAUACAUUUAUGGCAAGGAAAUACCGAGAGAAAAAUAUACGUGUACUGCCAUGUUAAAUUUUACAAUGGUUUGGCGUCCAGUAUAUGCCGUAUACGUAAGCGGCCAAGGAACCGAUUCCUGCAGCGGAAUGGACCUAGGAUACCUUUCUGUUUUCUUAAUUUGGCUAGGGUACAUUUGUAUAUACAGAAACGUAUUUGGGGUAGAUAUCUAUCGUACCUGUGCCGACAACGACCUGUCAGCCAUAUUCAUCACACCAUUUCAACUUUACACAUUAACUUGUUUUCUGGAGCCCACAUCGAAUACUUUUGUAAUGAGGUCAGAAAUAGUUCAAUUGUUUAUUUCUUAUUUCACAAUUUUCUUAUGAAACAUGUCAAUGGGAAGGAGGCAAAAUAUAAUUAUUUUUUGUCAGUGUUGAUGUCAGGUUAAUUUCCUGUAAAACAUUUCCUAAAACAAAAAUUAAGCUUAUUUUCUUUGAAAAGGCAUAAGGGAUUCUUCACUUCAUCCAUUUAACAAACCAACAAAUUAGUCUCACUCAACAUUAAGCAAUAAUCACUCAAAGUGUAACUACAAACACUAUCAAUAUGAACUUUAUAUCAUGUGAGAAGUCCUGACCUUGACAUUGUAAGAAUGCAAAAAAAGGCUACGAAGAACAUGUCUGAUAAUUUUUGGGCCUACAUAUUUCAAAUGUUUCCAGUUGGCUAAAAUUGGUUCUUGUCCUACCUCAUCCCAGAUUUGAUGUCAUUUCCCAUGUGUGUGUGUGAAACAUUACUUACUGGAUACAAUGACAUGAGAUGUUCUUCUUUUUCUUAUUUUGUGUUAAUUUAACAAGCUCAAGCUCUGUUCCAUGUCCAUGUAUAAUAUUUCUAGAAUCUCAUUAACUCACAUUUCACACUGCUCAUUUUCAUUUCAUCUUUUAAUAUUUUUUAUUGUAUGGCCGACAUGUUUUCAUGGAUUAUUUUACAAGGAUCCACUAACACUUUAUGUAAAAAACGUUUCCAUGGAGACUGAAUAUAUUCACAACAUACUGCUCUGAAUUUAGUUAUUUAGGUGAGACAAAUGUUUGUUUCACAGAUUUUCUUGGUCAGUAUUUCAAAGAGUUUGGAGCAAAAACAAAAACCAAGAAAUGGAUUUCAGGGUAAUUUGAGAUUAAUUUCCUACAUAUAUAAUGUGAAUUAAAUGUUUUAGAAAAAAUAUCUUUUCACUUUGAAAUGAAAUCUAAAAUACAAGAAUAUAAAUUUGUCUGGCCUUAACUUGAAGAGCAUAUGAACACGAUAUGAAUAUAUAUUAUUAUUUUAUGAUGAGGCGUCAACAGAUCAAGAUCUCAAUUGAAUUUUGUAAAAUAAUUUCCUGAUUGCCUCCGGUAUAAGCCUGUCACAUUUCCAAAAGUUGAACCAGAACCAUGAACUUGUUUGUAAAGUGUUCUGCAAAUCUGCUUCUAUGACAGGGUACCGAGUGUAAAACUAAUAUGAAGCUAGUGGGCCAAACUUUAUCGUACCUCUUUUUAUGCUGUUAUACAAUUUUAUGCAUACUUUUAAUUUUUUUCGCAAAAGUAUGCUAAAACCAUUUCGAUGUUUAUUUUUUCCUGUGGCCAAAUGGAUACUCUUUUCUGCAUAUUGGCAAAUCAUGCCAAGACCUAUUUGAAGUGUGUAUAUUUGUUAAACUUGAAUGGCAAAUCUGCUGGGGUUUUCUUGGGGUAGUUUGUGUCAGUGUUACUGUUUGGUCUUUUACUCCAUUUGUUAUCCUGAUGUCAAGAUGUGACAAACCCUCAACGGUUGCUUCAGGUGAAUUCUCAGAGACCUUGGAAUGGAAACAAUCUCUGAUGGAAUUUUUUCACAAGGUAGACAAUUUUAUGGAUAACAACUUCUUUAAUACUGUAAAAAGCAACGUUUGAGUAUAGAUCCUUAUACUGUUGUCAAGCAAGACUCAAAUUUUUUCAGACAUUGAUGAGAAGGGGCAUUAAAAUGGAGUAAAAUAUCUGAUUUGAAUGGAAUUGCAAUUCAUGAUCCCUCCGAUCAAAUGUUUCAGACAGUGUGAUUCAGGUUUUGCUGUUGAUAUAUGAAUUGUUUCAAGUUUGUUGUUUCAGGCAAUGUGUUGAUUUAUUUAUAUAAACAUGAGUUGUUAGUUCAAGCCAAAGAAAUGUUUUUGAAAUCCAAGGUCUGCAGUUAAGGUAGUAGUAUUUUGCCAUGUUUGAUCAUAUUGAAAAAGCAAUCAUCACCUAUAACCGGACACAUAGUACUUACAAAUACAUUGUUAAACACAUAUGUCAUUAUUAUGAAUUGUGUAUGAUUAUUGUGGUGUUUAAAAGGCUGUGUGUUUAUUCAGUGAAACUCUGAUAGUCAGGACUACCUUAAUCCCAAAACACCAUCUUGGUGGUCAUUUCCUUUGAGAACAUUCAUACACCAAGCUCCUCACAGCGAUAGCCCGUUGGAGGCAAGCUCCUUCCCAGCGCGGGACACCUUCGUUAUGGUAACGUCGCUGCUACAAGAAUCUUGAAAUCUGCCCUCUAACCCCAAAUGUAGUAACGUUCAUACUUUUGUUUAUGUGUUUGGGAAUGCCAUCAUAAUUCAUUUUGAAAAGGUUUACGACUGACCAUGUUUUCCAGAUGAAUUUACUUUGUUGUUUGUAUAAUCAGAUUGGUUCUAGAGUGCAGACUAACGGAAAAUCAACCAACUUCUCCCUUACAUUCUUACUAUAUCAAUAACAUGAUAGUUUUAAUGAAAUAGAAAUUCAAAUUGACAAAGAAAGAAAGUUAUUUAGCAGGGGUUAUUGUAUUCGGCGUCAGGACAGUCGUCACUUGUUUGUAAACAUAAUGGUCAAUUGGCUGCGAGCUUGGUUGUGAUCAUCACUGUGGGGAGUUUUUACUGGUGGCAGUGAUAGUAUAAAGAGCUCCGCGAACGGGAUAUCGCUGUGAGGAGCUUGAUUCAUACACCUGCAAAGGGACACUACUCCGUGUGUUUGCAAUUAAACUGGAAUUCUGGCAAGAUUAAAAGGGUUUCACUAAGUACAGCUAAAUUUGGAAUUAGCAGGUCGUUACAUCUGUUGAAAGUUCCAAUGUCUCAAAUAUAUAUGUAUGUUUGGUCUAUAUGACAAGAUUAACAUCCCACAUUGUGUAAUAGCCUGGAAUAUUAGAAGUUUGGGGCUUACCCAGACUUCCUUACCUGCUGCUGAUAUUAAAGGAGAUGUGCCCACUGUUGAUGUAGCGCUAAAUAUUGCUGACAUUGCUUGAAGAAUUCACUUGCUGCUGAUGUAACACUCCCUGUGAUUGGCUGAGAUGUCUCUUGAGAGUGCAUGCACAUUCUGAUAUCACCAGUUUUGAUUGGCUGCAAUAUUUGAGACAUGUCCAUGUACGGUAUCGCUAGAUCUGAUUGGCUGAAAUGUCUCUGAAGGACUGGUAGCAUUUCCGACUUCCCAAAAAGUAGUGACUAAUUUAUAAUUAUUUAAAAGAAGUUAGUUGUUUCAUUUUUUCUAUUUUAGUAUUUUGUGACCCCUUGAUUUCAUCCUAUCUUCUUUGAGAAGUUGUGUAUGUGCACCAAUAGUCCCCAUGUUAGGUGUAUUUUUUAAUUGUUUGCCAUAAGGAGUAAAUUUGAAGCAUACUGUCUUUAAGAAAAUGUAUUUUUGAUUAGAAAUUAAGUGUUAUUAAUUCAGAAAUAUAUUUAGUUAGUCCAUUCCUUUAUUUAAAUUGUAUAAAUUGGGGUCUUUGAUCCUCAACUGGAACACAUCUUUUAAAACUAUUUUUAAAAUCUAUUUAAAUGCACAAGACAACACUAACAGUAAAUGUGUCAAUGUAUUCCGAUAUAACAUGAUAUAUAAUAUCAAUAGGGUAUUCUGUGAAAUGAAAUUUGCUUUAGGGUUAGAAAAUAUCUUCACCCAAGUUGAAUAUGGUUUCAGAGUAGAAGGAAAAUAUGUUGAAUGAAACAAAAUGUUUGGUGAGAUAUAUAUUUUUUUAAUGUAAAUAAGAAGCUUACUUUUCAAGAAGUAACUGAUUGUGAUAUUUUCUUGCCUACUUUGAAAAAAUGUUUUGUAUUGACAUUGGCUUUAGAUAUGUUAUCCUAAAUGGCUGUUAUGCAGGUAUAGAACAUGUUAACACAGUAAGAAUAUUUAUGUAUCAUUACCAAAUAUGAAUAAAUUAAAAAUUUAAAGAUUACCCAUCUUUCUCGAGACUUGUUUUUUGGUGGGGCUGGAUAUUUUCCAUCCUCUACACACAGGGUAUUUUAUCAAGGUACUUUGUCACUUAGGAGGUGCCAGGGCAUGAGCUUGACUGAUGCCUGUAUUUACUCACCAUGACAUUAUCAUCAUAAAAAAGACUCAUUGUGAGCUUAUGGAUAUCUAUCCGCUAAUGUGCAGGGAUUUAUAUAAGAUUCUAAACUUAGUUCCUCUAUCAGGCAAUAAAAGAUAACAUUUUU